ACGCGGGGAUGGCGGGCGCUGGGAGCGAAGCCCGGUUUGCCGGGCUGUCGCUGAUGCAGCUCAACGAGCUGCUGGAGGACGAGGGACAGCUGACGGAGAUGGUGCAGAAGAUGGAGGAGACGCAGAAUGUUCAGCUCAACAAAGAAAUGACGCUCGCCGGCAACCGGAGCCUGGCGGAAGAAAACCUCCUGUACCAGCCCCAGCUCGACGCCCUGAAAGCACGUUUGACCCAAAAAUACCAGGAACUCCAGGUUCUCUUUGAAGCCUAUCAGAUAAAGAAGACCAAAUUAGACCAGCAGUCUAGCAGCGCUUCCCUGGAGACGCUGCUGGCGCUCCUGCAGGCCGAAGGGGCCAAGAUUGAGGAAGACACCGAGAACAUGGCAGAGAAGUUUCUGGACGGAGAGCUUCCUUUGGACUCCUUCAUCGAUGUCUAUCAGAGCCAGCGGAAACUGGCCCACACGCGAAGAGUGAAAAUCGAGAAGCUCCAGGAGCUGGUGCUGAAGGGGCAGAGACUUCCGCAGGCCUCUGCGCCGGCCCCGCUGCUGCCCAGGGUGCCCGAGCCGGUGCCCGCCGCCCCCCUGCCCUACCCUACCUCAGAGGCCAGUGGGCCCCCCUCCAUGUUACCUCGGCGCAUCCCCCCGCCUCCGCCUCCGGUGCCUGCAGGACGCUUGGCCACGCCAUUUACCGCCGCCAUGGGCUCAGGACAGGCGCUCCCGUACCCGGGAUCCCAGUGCCCGCCCCUGCCCCCCCGCGUGGGCCUGCCCCCCCAGCAAGGAUUCUCCAUGCAGUUCGUGUCUCCAUACCCGCCCGCUCUCCCCCAGAGACCCCCGCCGCGGCUGCCGCCACACCAGCCCGGCUUCAUCCUCCAGUGAGCCUCCCCCGUCCUGCCUGGGAGGCCGCACCUGCCGGCCGGGCCUCUGCACGCACAGGCUGUGAGGACCAGGGUGCUGGUGCCCUGGGCCAGCGCACCCAUUUGAUUUUAGAACUAGUAGGUCAGCGGUAAGUAGCCGUAGGACCCGGUUUGGUACCCGGGGGUUGUGUGUGCAAGGCCUCCGCCGCGGUCGCGUGGGUUUGUUUUCGGUGUGAUUUCUAAGUCUUGUAACGUUGACGGACUUCUCCGUCUGGGGGAAGAGCGCCCUCCCUCCCCACCUGGAACCGUGGUCCUCCCCUCGUGGGUUCAUUUAAUGAGCAUGUUCCAUCGUUUCUGCUUCGUUUGCGAAAGACUGGGCCACACGGGCUCGCCCACUACACGCCACAGUCCCUGGUCAGGGUGGGCCAGGUGGGCUGCCUGGAAGGUGCUUACUGAAUCUGGGGGGCAGGGGUGGCCAGUCCUUUGAAGCCCCGUGUGGCAGCCAGGCCGGAGGAGAUGGGUCUGAGCUGGGCCUUGCACGGCGAUGAGCCCUGCUCCCCCUCUCCCCUGCCGCGGCCACCCCGGACGGUUUCUACAAAGAAAUACUCCCCUGGUAUUUUUACUAUGUCUGUAAUUUUCCUGUUUUAUAUUGGCAAAGAAAACUUUUUGGACACAAGACCAUUCAGGGAAACUUUAUAAAAAUGCACAUAUUGUUUUGAGCAGAGUGAAGUACAGAAGUGAAUGCCAUUUCCUUUUUUACGAGCAGUGUAUGGUCACACCUGUGGGUGCCUGUGCUGUGCCUUAGUUUCCCCCUGGUGCCAGUGAGGGGCCGGCCCCGGCUCCCCUGCAGGCCCCCAGGCUGGGCAGGCGGAGGGGCAGCUCCCACGAGUGGCUUUGCUCCCCGAGAGGCUUGGUCGGGGCACUGCCGGCGGAAGCAGCCUGUCCCACGGUGGACCAGGGUCCUGUAGCCAAUCUCUUCCUCGGCGGGGGCCUCCGGGCAGGAGGGGGACAGAGGGACCCCAGCAGCGUCUCUGCUGCGCCCAGAUCAUCGGAUGGUGCCAACAAAUUCCCGCUCUGCCGCACCCCACGCUCUUCCCGGCCCUUUGGGGUCUCACCGGCCCAGGUAGCGGAACGGCGGCGCAGGUCUGUCCCGGCAGGCCUGGGGUGAGGCCACCACGCUUGGUCUUCGGUUCCCCUGGCAGGGACACCCUACAUUGUCACUGUAACGCCAGGGGCCGGUUUACCGCCCUGCCCGGUGACCUCGCUGUGGAUGUGGGGACGGCGCUGCCGGGCCGGGGCUGUAAGGCUGGAGGACCCUCGUAAUAAACAGAAUCAACAACG